AUGAGUGAAGAACGAGAACAGGUCCCUGUCUUCUGCUUCAUCGGCCAAAUACCUAGCCCUGUGGCUGGCGAUACUUAUGCUCGACGAACUCGUGAACUGAACAUUGCUGCCAUCAGGGCGCAUGCUGCCAGGGUCACCCAUCGCCGAAAAAAGCAAACCAAACAAGGUCACUACCAUGUCAACCUGCCGAAGAAACGAGUGGAUCACAGGAAGGGCGAUGUUGCUUCAAGUGCCGACGAGGAGGGCAAGAAGGUCUGGAGAUCGCGCCGAGAUGUGGUAGCAAGCCUAAAUACGGAGUUUCUGCUCGAUCAAACGACCAGAGACCCUUUCAACAACGAGUCUACAAGAAAGCUGCCGUUGGUGGUGCAUGACCUAAUGAAUUUCGCUUACGACCAAUUGUUCCCACGCAAUCUACCUGGCAUCCCUACCUCUACAGUGAAAACUAUCAUGACCUCGAGGCGAAGAGCAGCAAUGGAAGACAUCACCGAAUUUCAUGCCCAAGUCUCGAACGCCGCAACAAUGGCUUUUAUGGUGACAUCCGACCAAGCCAAGAUUAGCGUCCUGACCCGCAUCCGAUUGAUUCAUCAGAAUGCAGCUAUCGAGAAGAUCCGGCAAGAGAUGCUCGAGAUAAGGGGCCCUCCAACUGAGAUCUUCAUUCAGAGAAUGCUACUCCUCUCAACCCAAGGCGGAGACCCGCUCGAUACGUGGGGGGUCCAGACUCAUCCAGAAUCUCCCAUAGUGAAGGCUAGCAACCUGAAGGGCUACCACAGAUUCAGAAUCAUCCCACAACAUCAUCGCGCACUGGCACACCUUGUUAGAGAAAAGGGAGGCAUCCAAAGUAUCACAAAGGUGCCAGGACUUGCGCAGAAACUUCAGCUGUCGGAUGUUUCCACUGCCACUAGAGAAGGUAGGCGUCCAGCUUUUCCACUGGUCAAUGACUUGUUGGAGUCCGUUGCAAAGGUGAGGUUCUCGCUCGACGAUGAGGCCAUACUUUUUCAGACUGUUCUGGGAGCGGCAAUGGAGCCAUUCCUUCCAAUUUUGGAUCAAACUCUCUCAAAUCUUUUCAUCCAAGCGUGUCUUCUCACCGUUGCCCUAGAUCAAUUCACUCGCGGAGGAAAGGGGCGUCCGUUACUCCACGAAAUCCAUCUGUCUGCAGUUGUUCUUCAACACAGGCUCUAUUCGGCCCCAGCAUUGGCUGAAAUCCUGCCUCAAUACGGCGAGGCAAGCCGCACUGACUACCUCAAUGAAGCGACGCGGCUGGUCCUCAUGAUAUAUAUGGACAUGGUGUUGUGGCCAUUACCCUGGGCAGUGGGUGUGAAGCCUCGGCUUGCUGGAGAGCUGAGGAACAUCUUGCCACAUAUCACUGGAGCACCACCGUAUGAUUUUUCUCCAGUCGAACACUCUCCGCUUGGCUACCUGGGCAUCUACUAUCUCCUGAUGGGUGGCAUUGCAGCCACGUAUACGUCUUACCGCUCCUGGUAUGCCACACAGUUCUUCCAGCAUGUACAUCCGAUCUUUCAGACUUGGGAGGACUUUAAGGAUGUUAUAAAACGAUUCCUGUGGUGGGACUAUGUUAUGGAACCACCAGCUUUCGCGUUCUGGACCGAGUCUUUUGCUGCAGGUCUACCAAAGUCUGUCACUGGACCAGAAAUUCUUACCGCGGACCUGCCAGUGCGACAAAAAGAGCCCUGUCUGGACCCUUUGAGCGAUGCAUCCUAUCGCUACCAACGGCAGCUGUACAUUGAUGCACUUAGCAUGUCAAAUGUAGCUAGUUGCGACCAAAGCUAG